GGCGGCAAAGUUACACAAAUUUCACCGCUUGUUUUAACCGUGUAUUUUGCUGGUAUUUUAAAAAAUGACGGAUGGUUUUGGUGCCAUUACCUGGUGGGGCUUUAGCCCAGCGUUGGAUCUACAAAGUGAAUGUUCAAAUUUAACAUCAAAACUAAAGAAAUUAAAGAUAAAAGAGGAAAAUGAAAAACCAGAUUCAGAUCCUUUCAAUAUUUUAAUGGUUGGAGCUGGGGACUGUAGGCAUAUCUUGAAAACCUUGGCACAUUCAAACAGAUGGAAUAAAAGACACAUCAAUAUUUUUGUUGUUGAAAACAAUCUGGAGAUAUUAUGCCGGCAUUUAUUGUUACUAGCUAUCGCUAUGGAAACCAAAGAAAAACUUGGUCUUCAAGAAAAGACUGAGCUUUUUCUGGAGUUAUUUGGCAACAGCCUCAUCAGACCUCAAACAAGUGAAUAUUUACAGACUAAAGCAAAUGAAUUUAUAAGAAUGGUGACAGACUUUGAGUAUGUUAAAACACAGCUACCUUGCAUAGACAUGUCUCAACUCAAGUUCAAGGAGAGAGAUAUGUUAGAAGGAAUUUUCAAGUUCUGGAGAAACACAGAUCCAAAGCUUUUUGAUAUUUGUAACGCUUGGGAGUCCAGACUGCGGCAGUAUUUAGGAGUUCGUUAUGAUUCCAGAGAAAACAUAUUUGAUUGGGAUUUGGUCAUGAAACUACAGAAAAUGGCUUCGAUAGUAAACAGUCACGAAUAUAAAGGUUGGCGAGAACAUGGAGUGGCGUUUGAACUUAGACAAGAUUCCACUUAUGAAGUUUCUAACAGAACAUUGGCUUCAGGACUCUUGUUGAAAAAGGGAGACCAGCGAGUACCGUGCCGUGGAUACUGGGGUGAUGUUAUUAAUAGUCCUUAUAUUAGUUUUGGUAUCGAGUCAGAAGAAGAAAAGUUGUUUAAAAAGAACAACGACCAGCACAUAAAGAUGGCAACCAAUGUUGCAGAGUUCAACAUCACAGCCUUAAUACAUGAGCUAACAACAGGUGAGAAGUACAAACCGCCAGAAAACAUCAAGGACAAUAAAAGAAAAACAAAUCAAGCAACUAUAACAGAAAUUAUUGAAGAGGAAGAAGAAGAAGAGGAAAAAUCUGCAGAUGACAAAGUUCCUCAUAACAAACUCCAAAGUAAAAAUACAGAAGGAUACUUAAAACUGGAUGGAUUCACCGUCCAUUUCCUACCUCUAAACUGUGUUCCUGACCUGCACAAAAAAAGCAAAUACUCACACCUAUUUGACUGCAUUUACUUUUCUAACAGGUUCAUGUUGGAUUUAAAAGUUGAGCAGAAGGUGGAAUACCUGAAGAGAGUUACUGGGAUGGCACUUGCUGCUGGAUGCAAGCCUUUGAAAGAGUAUGAUGGAGAAAAAGACAGUCAUGCAACAUUCGUGUUCGAGAGAAGCCAGGACAAGUCAUGA